AUGAGUGGUGCAAGGGGCGGGUGGGCACCGGCCAGCAGUGAUGGUGAGGGUAUGCAGCAGUCGGACACGCGGCUGAUGAGCCCACCGGUUGCUUAUCGUGCAGCAUACGACUCUAUCGGCGAUUUGCAAAAUAGCCUUCAAGGCUACGACCAACAAGUGGCCAAGGUCAUUCAGCAAAUAAGCGCGCUUGCAGGCGUCGUUGAAUCGCUGCAACAGCAUUACGAUGCCGUGGUAGAGGAGAAAGAUUAUAUGCUUCGAUCGCUGGAUGCAGCGGAGGGGCGUAUACAGGAUGUUCAGCGUAUUGUCCAGCGAUAUGCCGCGGUGACAGAUCCUGUAGUGGCCUCUGACGGCUUCACGUAUGAACGGGACGUGAUUACGAAUUACUUCAAUGAGUGCCAGGCUCAGAAGAACAUUCCGAUGUCGCAGCAGACUCAUACAGAGCUGACGAUGAUGCUAUUCCCAAAUCGUUCCUUCAAGCGUUUUCUUGAACAGCUGAUGGAGAACAAACCGGGUGAAAUACGAACCGAAGCCAGUGGCAACAGCCAUGCGAACCACGGCGGCAGCGUGACUGCACCUAGCCGACCAGCAGGUAACGCUCAAAACAAUCAUAAAGGUGAUGUGGGCAAUAAGAGCGGCAGCGCCGGCGUGGAAGGCGAAAGGUUACACCCAUGCGUCCGUGUUUAUGGCUACUGUAACUAUAAGGACGCCUGCGCCUACGCGCUUUACCCAUACGACGCAUGCCUAUCACAUUUGAAGGGGAAGUGUCGCUUUCGCUCCCAGUGCCACGAGCGACACGUCGAUUUCUACGGCCCACGGAACCACGGGCCCACCAACGGUGGAUAG